CGACAUGAGCUUCAUAUAAGUAUAUGCCAUUGACUCAUGGCUGAAGUUCUCGUCGUAAGCUUUUCUACUUUAGGAGAUUCUGCAGUCAUGUGGAAAAGUGGACUUGUCGCAUAAGGGUUUUGGAAAUAUGCUGGUUCUCAGAACGAGUUCAAAGAGGCAGAGGCGCCCAAAUGUUAGGUUAGUAGAGAUUGGAGACGUUUCGGCGGCUUUGUCUCAUCAAGCUCAGGUGAAUUUGGAAGAGAAGAAAUGGGAAAAUGAGCCGAAAGAAACAGUUUUAGUGCCGAAUGGUGGGUUUUCUGGGCAGAUGUCACCGGGAUUAUUGGUUUCGGACCCUAGUGCAUCUCAGAAGUCUUCGGUUGAUUUGCUGCACAACAGAGAGAAUAGAAACCCUAAUUCUUCGAAAUUGUCUUCCGAGUUGGUGGUUUUGGGUGAAGCUGGUGCUUCUAAACCUGUGGUGGAUUUCGGAAUUGUAACGAGGAAGGGCAGGCUCAUGAAGCGAAGGGGGCGGAGCAUGAUUUCUGGCAGUGGUGUCACCAAUAGGUCCUGGAAUUGCAUAGUUACUUCUGAAGUUAACAAUGAAAAUGGAAUAGGGCACAGAGGCAAUGAUUUUGUUGGUCCAACAACAAAUACAUUUUAUGAUGUUUACACUGUCAAUGGCUUUAAGGAUUCUUCAGGUCGUGAAAAUUCUGAUGCAAGCAAAGAAGGCCAUGAGAAUGAGUGUUUUGAACCCAUUUCAGCUGUGCAGGUGUUCGGUGAUCAGAAUGAGUUUUGGACAAGGGAAGCUAGUGUAGAAGGUGAUACCUUGUAUUCAGACGAUGGUCCCUGUGUAAACCCCAAUUCUGGUGCUGAAUAUGACAAGAGGGGAGUUGGUGGUAGUGUUGUAAAUUGUGUUAGGACAUGGCUGGAGGAGCUAGGGUUUGCCCAGUAUGCAGGAAUAUUUGAAAUGCAUGAAGUGGACAAGGAGGCAUUGCCGUUACUCACCUUUGAAGAUCUCAAAGAGAUGGGUAUAAAUACUGUUGGGCCACGGAGAAAGAUUUACACUGCAAUUCAGCAUCUAAGGGAAGGAGGAGGAGUUGCUGUUUGAUCAAGCUCUCCAUAGAAUAGAUAGGUUAUAUUGCCUUUACUGGCCUUUUGUGUAUAAAAAGAAAAUGGUGCCCAUGAAAUGUAAGUUGGCAUUUUGC